UUAUCUUAAAACUUUAUCGUGACUUUUAAUGGACUUUUCAUAAGAAAAAACAGCGGUCGCCUUUCGUGCGGCAAUUACGUCGCGUAUCUGAUGCACGCAACAAACGCACGAAAAACUCGAAAAUCGAUAUACUCGCGUGUGGAGGCUUUUUAUGUGUCGUCGGUUUUUUAAUUCAUGCACGUAUCACCACUUCUUGAUUAUGAGAAGCGUUAUGGCGCGCAGUUGUCGGUCGAUCGUGAAAAACUGCAUGUCGUCAUUAUAACGUUAGAUUCUACGUUUUUACACUGUAAAUAUAAAUUUUUAUGACUGCGUUUGCUUUUCAUUGCCUACCUUGGAUCCCUCGGGUCGCGCGUGUCAAUAAUAUACGUCAUCAAGAUGACAACGAUGGAAGUGCAAUGCGAUAUCAAAUUAAAAUACAAUCCAACAUCUAAUGCGACAUCUGGGUCUCAUUGUAAAUUUUCCAGAAAAUGCACGAAGAACGAGUUUCUACUCAAGAAUAGACGGCAAAAAAGAAACAACAACGAAUGCGAAAGGAGCAGAUGUUCCGAAUCAAGAUUGCGAAAUGCGAUGCAACAUGAAAUCCUGAGGAUUUAUUCUUGUCUUUAUCUCCUAUUUUUUCCUGUUUUCCUUAAUUCAAUAAUGUUUCCCAAAGCAAAACUUCACCCAGACUUGCAAAAGAUAUAAUUUUUUAAAUAGCUUUAAAAAAA